AGGAUUAAGAAUCCCUUAGUUAUCUUAAAUAUUAUAUAUCAUGUAGCUACUAUACCCUGCAUCAUUCACAUGCAAAUCAUAUCAAUAACUUUAUUCUCUACACAUUGAUAUGAAUUCGAGUACAAAUGAUCUUCAACCUCUACCUUUGCUUAGUAGUUUCCUUGGUUCAACUUCACAAGAACCUUUACAUCAAAAUGAAAAUCAUAAAUCAUGCUAUAAUAAUCAAGCUGAGGAUGUAACAGUGGCCUUACACAUAGGUCUCCCUGACAAUUCAAUUGAAUCACCAAUUGAUAAUGGAUUUGUGAAUGUCCCAACUCAAGUUCCUAAUAAUUACUGGAUUCCAACUCAUGAACAGAUUCUCAUUGGAUUCAGUCAUUUCUCUUGUCCUGUUUGCCUCAAAACUUUCAAUCGUUACAACAAUCUUCAGAUGCAUAUGUGGGGACACGGUUCACAAUAUCGAAGAGGACCAGACUCAUUGAAACGAACACAUCCGCGGCCAUUGUUAGACAUUCCAUGCUAUUGUUGUUCAAAGGGAUGUAAGAACAACAUUGAGCAUCCAAGAGCAAAGCCAUUGAAGGAUUUCAGAACAUUGCAAACACACUACAAGAGAAAGCAUGGUUCAAAGCCUUUUACUUGUCGCAAGUGUGGGAAACCUUUGGCAGUAAAAGGUGAUUGGAGAACUCAUGAGAAAAACUGUGGCAAGCGUUGGCUUUGUAUUUGUGGUUCAGAUUUCAAACACAAGAGGUCACUUAAGGAUCAUAUCAAAGCAUUUGGAUUUGGACAUAGUCCUUUUUCUUCUUCCUCGGAUGGUAUUUAAGGUCUUUGUUACAUUGAUGUGUCUUGGGUGUCUUUUCUACUAUUUGAAGGGAAAAAUAUUAUCAUUAUGAGGGGGUGUUAUCAUCAAUUAGUAUACAGAAAUGUAUUUUUAAUUUCGAGGUAUCAAGGGUAAAUUAAAUAGAGGUACAAUAAUAAAGAAAUUGGAGCUUAAUAUUUGAUUCCAAUGGAUUGUUUCCUAGCAUGUACUUCAAUUUCUGCUUCGAAAUGUGUUAGUUUGGUUC